AUGCAGGCAGCACUGCACAUUGCAAGUCUUCUUCUCUUUUGGGCUACUACAGUUGCUUCUGCAUCUGACGCGGAGGAAGCAUGGCCUGCCCAGAUAUACAAAUCCUCGAGUGCGAGACCGCCAGUCAUGAACAUGACGAAAUCAGGCCAGACAUCAUCAGGCUAUCUGUUUCUUACUCCGGAAAACAGCACCACGCACGCCGAAAGCAGUUUCAUCUUUGAUGAUCACACCCUCAUCUGGGAAGGGCCCCCGGGCAACAUCACCAAUUUCUUCCCUCAGACGCUACAUGGUCAGCAGGUUCUGUCAUACUGGAACGGAGCCACAGGCGAGGGAGGCUGGGGCUUUGGAUCAAUCCACCUCCUCAACGCGUCCUACGAUGAGAUAUACAAGAUCACUCUGGCCGGGAAUGAAACAUGGGUCUCGCCGCUAUUAGCAGAGUUUCCGUCGUAUAUCGGUAAACACGAGGCUUUCAUUACGGAGAAAGGGACGAUCCUGGUGACGGCAAUCAAUGCGACUCGGAGAGAUUUGCGGCCAUUCGGUGGGCCGGCAGAUGGUUGGAUACAGGACAGCCUGUUCUAUGAGAUAGAUGUCAAAACAAACGAGAUCCUUUUUCGAUGGAGCGGUGCGGAGCAUACAGACAUGAUUGAUCCUCGUGAUUCGUCCCGUUUGCUGGCUGGGAAUCGAGACGGCCGUACCCAGGGAACGCCAUGGGAUUAUAUGCAUAUCAACUCAAUAUUCCCAUUGGGAGAUGACUACCUGGUGUCCUUCAAAUGCAUGAACACCAUAUUCCUCGUUCAAUCGGAUGGUUCAGUUCGGUGGAGAUUGAACGGGCUGACAGGAGGAGACUUUACACUCGGGCCUCGAACGAAUUUCAUUUCACAACAUAACGUUCGGGUGUACGAGCAUCGCUUCAUAGGAGACCAUGAGAUUCUCAGCAUUUCCAUGCAUAACAAUGGCGUAACCUGCAACAAAACGAGCAUCUUUCCCAGCAACGGACUCCUUCUUGAUGUAGAUGUUACAUCCAUGCAGGUGACGCUGAAUCGCAGGUUAUACAAUCCAAAUGACCCAGUGUAUUCCACCGCUCGAGGAAACUGUCAAAUGCUUCCGGACAACCAUGUUCUCGUCGGCCAUGGUAUCGUUGCCAAACUUGAGGAGUACGAUGAAAAGGGCAACCUUGUUUUAGAUGCUCGGUUUGGCUUCUCACCUACAGACGGAAACUACGCUGCUAUGCGAUCAGCGUGGGUAGGAACACCGCGUACCAGUCCCCAGGCGGUGGCCUGUCGAUGGUCGCUAGAUCGGACGCGUCUGUACGUUAGCUGGAAUGGGGCCACGGACAUUGAGGAAUGGGAGGUCUGGACAGGAGAUGUUGAGGAUGGCCUGCAAUAUAGGACCCAUGUUAAGAAGACUGGAUUCGAAACCGCCGCUAUCAUUGAUGGAACGCCGUUGUACGUCGCCGUACGCGCCGUCGGAGGUACGAAUCAUGGAAAGAGCUCAACUGCUGUGGAGGUGAAUGAAGUCUGCUGA